GAUGAGGGUGACAAUUUUGAUUACACAUCAUUGUUCAUAAGCGAUGUUGUUUAUGAUACCCGUGACGAAGCUUGUGCGGCGGCAAGGAAUAUUGCCCAAAGAAAUAGAUUUUUCUUGGUUGUGGGAUCAAUCAAGCGAAACCAAGGAGAAGCCUAUCCGCGGGUAUAUAUGGAUUGCAACCAUGGUAAUAGGAGCAAAUCAUAUACCCCAGAUUUGACGAAGACAAGACGGGUCAAAUCAAAAUCAGGCAAACAAGGUUGUCAAUUCCAAGUUGUAGUGCGGGCUUCAUUGGUAAAUGGCAAAUGUCAGUGGAGAAUUUUGGGUGGUAUGGAUAGAUCUGGGAAGUCAAAGGGAUUUCACAAUCACAAAUUGGAGGUUUAUUCUGAAGGAAGCAAGCAAAGGAAUGCUCUUUCAAAGGAGAAAAAAAUGAAAUUAAGGAGUUGGAGGCAACAGAUACUCAGGCGAGAGAUAUAA